UUCCCGUGUCUCUUCCCCGCACCUCCACACCCAUCCCCUCCAAAUGCUCUAUCGGUAGUGCGUCUCAGCCUUGCACCGCCGUCUUAUCUUGCGCCGCCGUCGCACCGAACCUCCAUUGCACUGAACUUCCAUCGCCGCGAAACUCUGUCACAUCCCUUCCUGGCUCUUCUCUGUGUGUUGCUAGUUCCCUUUCGAACCCUAAUAUGUAUUUCUCCGCCACCGUCUUCGUCGCCUCCGUCCUUAUCCUCUUCACCUUCUCCUGCGUUCACUCUUUCUACCUUCUCGGCGUCGCCCCUCGAGAUUUUCAAACCCCGUGCAGGUAACCUAAUCAGAAGGAGGUGCUGUGAGGUUUUUGUUGUAUUUUAUUGAUGUAUUUUGUUGUUGCUAUGAGGUUUUUUUCAAUUUUCAUACAGUAUGGAUAACAUUAUAGUAAAGAGUACUACUACUUUGGGUUUUAUAUAUAUAAUAAUGCUUUUUCUGUCAUUGAAACAUGAAAUAGUAGCAGCAGGAGAUAACAAUUACAAUGAUCCAUACUUUCGUUUGAAUUUUGAAGAAAUUUGAUGGUGCAUGCAGUAGCUGGGAUUGAUAAACCCUAGGAUUGUGAUUUAAUUAGAGCACUUGUGGAAGCACUCUCUGCAUCAUACACCAUUAUCCUAGUAUUUUCAAAGCUAUAUCUCCUCACUAUAUUUUCCAUUUCUUUUGGAGAAAUGGAAAAGCUGGCUGGCUUUUACUUGGUGGUACUAUCUUCUGCAUUACAGGAAUAUGGGAAGCACAGAUGCCAAGUGGAAAUUGGCUGAUCACCCAAAGCUGCCAAAGGGAAAUUAAAGCCAGUUGUUGUGGUGGUUUUGGAUGGAUGGGGUGAGGGCAAUGCUAAUCAAUACAACUGUAUCCACACUGCUGAAACUCCAACCAUGGAUUCCCUCAAAAAGGGUGUAUAGGUUUGCUUGAAGCCUCAUGGAAAAAGUGCUAGAGACAGCUUUCUGAUAUAUAUAUUUGAGUUCUGCUAACUGAACUUUGGAGUGAAAGUUUUAAUAGUUCUGCUAACUGAAAGGAAAGAGCUUCUCAAGACCCAAUUGGUGGGAAAGUCCAGUGUUACCUCCAAUGUUGCAGCCUCUUUCAUUGAGACACUUGAAGCCAAUGAGCUUCUCAAGAAAACUGCCAUGGCCAAGGCUUCUAAGGCAUGUGCCUUUCUCAGGAGAUGUCCUUCACUAACACUGGGUUCCAUGUUGGAGGAGAUUGCUGCUAUUCUUCCUGGCCAUGAAUUUUCUUCUAUGAGUGACAUUCAAUUUUGUUGUCAAACAUGGCUUAUGCAGAUGACGACGACUCUCUUGUUGAAGCUGAGGUUUAAGGAACAAAUAGGAGAUGUUUUAGCUGCUCGCGCUACAUAUAUUCAGCAGACUGGUAAAGAGUCAGAUUCUGAUUUUGUGCAGAAUGUUAUAUCAAGAGCCAAUAUGGAGAAACGUUUGGGAAAUAUGGAGUCAGCUUGUGGUAUAUACAAAGAAGCAAUAGAGAUGGUUGUAGCUGAAGAGAAUUUACAGCAUGCCCUCCCUAAUUUAUAUGUCCAUUUCUCUCACCUAAAAUAUAUGAUGUUUGUUUGGGAUGCUUGCAAGGAUCUGACCUUGAUUAUUUUAAUGGUAGCUGCUGCAGCUUCAUUAGUACUGGGGAUAAAAUCUGAGGGUAUUAAGGAAGGAUGGUAUGAUGGUAGAAGCAUGGCUUUUGCAGUUAUUCUUGUUAUUGUUGUUACAGCUACAAGUGAUUAUAAGCAGUCUCUUCAAUUUCGGGACCUAAAUGAGGAGAAGAGAAACAUUCAUUUGGAGGUAAUUAGAGGAGGUAGAAGAGUUAAGAUCUCAAUCUAGUAUGACUGGGGAGAGCAAUAUUGUUGAAAAGAAUUCUAAGAACCCUAUUCUGAUAUCUGGUUGUAAAGUUGCAUAUGGCAGUGGUGUUAUGCUCUAAUGGCUUCGGGAUCCGAUGAUGCUCUUAAGAGUGUUGGUUUAGUCUUAGCAGGACUUACCAACUGAAUCUGGAACUGUGAUCCCCUAUGUUCACUUGAUGAAACAAGCUCACAAGAUUUUGAGGACAGUUAUAUAGUCUUGUUAUUUGUAUAACUUAGUAUAGUUGAACAAUACAUUGAGUUUAUGUUUUGAAUUAUAGUUGAUGUAUCAACACACUUUGAUGUAUGGUUGUUACUUAUUAUUAUAGUUGAUGAUCAAUACAUUUUGUUUAUGUUUUGAAUUAUAUUGACUUGCUUGUUUA